GGCAGUGAAGACGUAUUUAUGUUCUGUGUUAUCAGUGAGAAAUGUGUAUGUGUGUUAGAAUAGGCUAACAAAUCGUAUUUUUACUGUUCCGGCAGUUUUUUUAAUUCGGGAGCAGCGCAUGCUAGCUGAAGUUGUCACAACUCAAAUCACGCACUUUAUUAGGAUUUCCAUAGAAACGGGUCGUCAGCGGAAGACCAGCGGAAACAUCGACGGAAGACACGCACAAUACGAGAAUGGGGCUCCAGCAUAAAAUUGUUUUUCUGUUCUUCAGCCUAAUUGGCUUAAGUCUGUGGGAGACGGCUGCUGCAUCUUUAGUCACCAAUGAGGAAAUACGCGGUACUAUCCAGUCGCUGAUCUAUUCGUACAAUCAAUUGGACAACAAGCUGGAACGCCAUGAGCAUCGUGAGCGUGUACUUGGCGAGCUUAUGAAGAAGGCAAUGCAAUCGCUGCAGAAGGGGCAGAAGAGCCUGGAGCCACUCAAUGGCAUAUUCGCACGUCUGGACGAUCGAGUUAGUCAGAUCGAGACCAUGCUAUUGAAGCAAGAGGAUAAAUACAAUGGGCAGGCAGAUAGUGUGAAUCAAGCCGUAGAUCACAUUUUUAAAUGGAUGCGGGAGAACGACGAUUGCUUGAAGCAUCCACCGAAUGCGGGAGCACCCGCAGCCUCCAACGCUCCAACGUCCAAUGAGUUUGUGGAACAGCAGCAGGAAAUCAACAGGCAGCUACUAAAUGAAAUCAAACAGCUUUCGGCAAAUGUGGCCAAAUUGCUGGACACCAGCAAGGCGACCUCAGAGCAGACGCAGCAAAGCAUCGAGCGCUUACCCAAGGCAGAUCAACUGUUAACCCAAAUCGAUGAGAAGUUGCAGAAACACGCUUCUGCCGUAGUAGCCGCCGCUGCCACCGCCUCUCCUGCAGCUCCUGAUAACUCUUUGUUUGAGGGCGAGCUGAUGACACGCCUCGACACCUUAAGCAAGGGCGUCGAAGAGAUUCGCAUUGCGAAAUCCCAAAUGCCAGCACCGGCUGCUGGGCUAACCGAAACGGACAAAAUCUACAUCCAAGAACUGAACAAUGAUACCAUUAAUGCACUGGUGGCUCUCAAGAGCGAGGCAAAGGAUGCGCAGCAAACAGCUCUCACCAAGGUGACGGAGCGAUUGCAGCAAACUGAAGCCAACAUACAGGCUGAUGUGAAGCAGCUCUCCCAGGAGGUGGCGAAUUCUGUGGGUGUGCUUAAUAAGUUCAGCGGCGAACUGAGCACCAAUUUCAGCAAACUGGGCGACGGCUUCAAGGUUCUGGACAACUUUAACACCGUUAUGCUCACCAACUCUGAUGAAUUGCUAAACACUCAGCGGAAGGUAGAGUUUGGAACGAUUCAGGUGGUGCAGAAGAUUACUCUUCAUUUGGAGCAAGAGUUCGCUAAUCUGAGCAGUCUGUUGGCGUCGCGCUUUGAGGGACUAAAUCAGUCCAUUGUGGACACGCAGACGGAAGUGGGUCGCAAUCUUAACACUAGCCUGGAUCAGGUGUGGCAUUACAUCGAGAUUAUGUCCAGCGACAUUAGCGACAGUGCGGAGCUACUGCGGAAUAUGCAAACCGGUCACGAGGGAUAUAUAAACAGCACUUCCCACUCCAUGCUCGCACUGAGCGACAAGGUGGAGCAGACUAAAAAGCACAUGAUCGACAUGGACUCGAAUUUGAAUUACCUGCUAGGCAAGCUAUCUCUAAUGUCCAGUGAAUUUAAAAAUAUCAAGGACGGACUGGCUACCGCAUUGGAGGAUCUGCGCAAGUCCUUUCGCGAUUUGCACGAACGCAUGCCUACGGGACCGGGACCGCACAAUAUUGAAAAGAAUCAAUAUCACACCGAGACCGAUGUAAGUUUGCUGUCCAAGCGUGCCAUUGAGGGUCCCAAGCCAUAAAUAUCUAAAUAUUUACUGUAGGUAGAACCAUAAUCUUCUGUGUUCGAUUUUUCUUACUACUAAGAUUAAAAGUGUAACAGAACUAAUCACCAUAAAAUUGCUACGAUAAUGAAAAAUUAAGAGAAUAAACGUUGGUUAAAUUCUGAGUUAUUAGGCAUAUAAUAAAACCUACAAAUCAAUACAUUCAUACAUGCGGAAAUUCAAUGAAAAAUGUAUGCUGCUUUUACUUAUUUUCUUCUGUCAUUUAGUUAGAUGUGGCAGCAAAUGUUUUAAUAUACUCGUACAUUUAUGUAGCUUAACGAUAACCGUAGCAUUUAAGCCAAGAAUGUUUUCGAUUGAACAUGGAUGCCUCUGCAUGCAAAUCUGUGAAAUCUGUUUAUUUUAAAUUUGAACAACUUUUUAUACACAGA